AUGACACCAGCAGAACAUGCCAUAGCCAAUACGGCUGCUUUACCGAGCGAGAUGGUGGUUUAUAGUGCACUCAGCCGUUAUAGGAAGAAAUUCAAGAAAGCUGGUGCUGAACUUUUGGCUGGCGAAGGGAUCGAGCGGUUUAUCAGCAGUAAGAAACACCUGUUGGGCAUCAAAGAAGUCGUCAAUGAAUACGGCGCAAGCGCUAUGUGUGUUGUGGCAAGAAUAUUGAUACAAAAAAAGGUGUUUGAGCUCCCGAUUGGGGAAAGACGCCGUCGUUUCCCGGAACUGUUCCGCGAGCUUCCUCUUCCUAUAGAAGAUGAUGUUUCGAAACAGAAUACUGGGGCAUCAGGCUCAGAGGAUAUAUCGGGAGGGCUGUGCCGCGUUGAGGCGGGCCAAGAACAUUCAGAUGAGCCUGCAGAGGAGGUGAGCGAUCAAGAGAAAGGGGGGCAUGGGUUUACAAAGCUGAAAGCCUGGCACAAAGACCCUUCCUAUCCGGUGCCUCUAGAAGCUAAAGUGCAGCACCGAUUGAUGGUGAAGUUACAACAAGUAAUGGAGCACGCAUGCUAUGAGUUUGCUCAACGAGAAAUGCAGAAAACCCUAGAAGACCAAGAAUGGGAUCACCCUGAGGCAGUAGAACUGGAUCAGUGGAUGAACAUACUGAUUGGACAUGACGGCUUUGACACAAACAAGAGCACAGAAGAGCUUGAAGCGCUUUUCUUGUCAGGAGUAGAGAUCAGAGACGUGGCUGUCAAACGUGUAGUUGUUGAUCCAUGGAGGACCAGGGUGUUCUUAAAGGACGCGGAGGACAUAUUGAAGGUUCUCGAGGCCGGAGAUUACCUCCAUGUCAUUGAGAAGCUCCGGGGUGACGUCGAGAAAUAUUUAGGAGAACUUCAUUUGACUACUAUGCUUAAGCAGGUCAGGGUGGAGAAAGAGUUGGCUGAGAUAGCUGCCGAAUCGAAGAAGCUCCAGCAGCGCAGGGAAAGAGUAGAGGCAGCAAUCCUGCCCUGGAUGAAAAAGUGUCAGGAGGUAACAGGGUCUAGAGUUCUGGAAGCGAUUUGUGCAGCAGAAGUAGUUGCAGAAGUUCAAGAUUGUAGUUAA